AUGGCGUCCAUCCAGGAGCUGAGCGACCAAUUAAACUAUGGGAAAAAGAGAUUCAAUGGUGAUCGGAGCUCAAAACUGAAAGAAAACGUCGAUUUUUUCUCUACUCACUAUGCCAAAAAGUGCCCAGCGGUCAGGGCGUGGGGCGACCUCAAGAAACCCGACGUCCAACAAUUCGUGUUGGAAAUGGCUGAUGAAUUUCUCCGUCAAGAAGGAUCAACACUUUGGCCUGAAGAUGAAUGUUCUCCGUUAUACAACGAGAGCCUCAUCUGGCCACGGGAUGAAAAGGAAAUCAAAAAGCCGAUGUCCAGGAUGUUCUUCGCAAAGAACCUUCAUAAGCAGAGGAGCGACCACCAGAUGGACCAAAAGCGUAAAAGCAGCCACACCACAACGCCAAGGACGCCUACUUCGUCCAGGAAUAUGGACGAAAAUGAUGUCCGCACCGAUAAUCAAACGAACCCCGCACGAGAGCCAUUAAAUCUGGAGAGCUUAGAUGAGGCCGAUCCUACUCUUCCGGAUUUAUAUGAGGUUCCGGCUCCCCGGGUGCUUACCCCCAAGCAAGAAGCUGAAGUCCGAGCUCUAGCCGAAGAGAGUUUCCCAACGAGAUCCUCUUCGACUGAGCUUUUAAUUGACGCGGACAGGUCUGACAAAGACAAAAAUAAGAGUGAGGACAAGUUACCUCCUCAGACUCGCGAAGAGCGCUCGGCCUUGGUUUCCGAAUUCACGCCGGUUAAUCGGCUGAGAUCACCAUUCAACAAAACUGUUGAAAACAUAUCCAGACCCAGACUCUCUGCUUCCCCUUCCUCGGCAAUGUCCCAAGGCCUCCUAUCACCUAGCACGCAGCCUCGCACCCCUCGAGCUGAAAAGAUAGACACAGAAGACGCUCCACAUUACGCGUCCUCAGUUAUGCCAAAAAGGCGACAGGAAACCGGUUUAGCUCUCCAGGAAGAUGUUAGUGCGGCCGUUUCGCGGAUACCCCUGGAACCCGAGAUAUGGUACUAUGCCAUCAAAUCACAUAACCCUAAAGUGACGAAGUCGUGGGAAUCGAAAGCGAGAUUUUCAGAUAUGACAUUGAUGCAGCUCAAGGAUGAACUGCUGCGCGGUUUUGACGAUGCCGCACCAUCGGAUAUUCGCUGCACAUUGCACGGGCCAGAUGACAGGAAAGCGGAGGUCGAGAUCGACCACACGAAGAAAAGCCAUAUACAGAGACUCAAGACAAUUUUCGAAUCCGAUAUCAAGGAGGCUAUUGAACAAGAUAAUGGCGAAGCUGCCAGUUCCCCACUGUCUUUUCUUAUCGAGAUUGAACCUGUCUGA